AUGGAAUACCUAGCAAUUAUAACUUUAUUAUUUUUAAUAGUAGGUGCAUCCUUAUACUUAUUAGUAUGUGUAGAUCCCAACUCAUAAGGAUUAUUAGGUAAAAUGAAUAGAUUUGUAUUUAACACAAUUCCAAUGAUAAUCAAGUAAAGAAUAAAGUAUAAUGAUUAGAAAAAUAUUGGGAGAGCGUAUAUUCAGAGUAUUUAAAAGAGGAAUAGAUUAUUUCUUCUAUUCAAAUCAUCCAUUAGUUUAAAUAUUUUAUGUAUUGGUUGCAGUAGGAGGAUAUUUGGUUUAUUUAUAUUUUGGAUUUCUUGAACUAUUUGAAAAUAAUCCUUUUGUAUCUCAUUUGGAUACAGCAAUAGGAUCAACAAUGGCACUUUUUUGUUUCUAUUCUUUUUUUUAAGCAUGUCGAUAUAGACCAGGGAUAAUAAAUAAGGAGAAUAAUAAAGUUUAUGUGAAUGAAUUCAAGGAGUAUUAUGAUAAUGUAGUAUACACUAAAGAUAAUGAAUGCAAAACAUGUAAUAUAAUUAAGCCAGCAAGAAGCAAACAUUGUAGAGUAUGCAAUGUAUGUGUAAGUAGAUUUGAUCAUCAUUGUGUUUGGAUUAGAUAAUGUGUUGGAUAGAAGAAUUAUAAAUACUUUGUCAAAUUCAUCAUUACACAUGCUAUACUAUGUGAUUAUGGAGCUUNA